UAAUAGGAGGAGAGGGCCCAAAGGAGAGAUAGGAGGAAGAGCUAUGGCCAGUGAACAGAUGGCGGAGCCUCUGCUUGGGAGCGGCAAAGAAAGAGGAGACUUGGAGGAGAUCAGGAGCUUGAAGCAGUUCCUCAAACAGUGGGUGGAGGAGAACAAGAGGCUGUGGUACUUGGCAGGCCCCUCCAUCUUCACCUCCAUCUGCCGCUACUCCCUCGGCGCCACCACCCAGGUGUUCGCUGGUCAUCUCACCACCCUCGAGCUCGAUGCCGUCUCCACCGAGAACAUGGUCAUCGCCGGCCUCGCCUUCGGCAUCAUGAUGGGCAUGGGAAGCGCCCUGGAGACACUGUGCGGCCAGGCCUAUGGCGCGAAGCAGCUCCACAUGCUUGGCGUCUACAUGCAGCGGUCCUGGGUCAUCCUUCUCACCACGUGCACCUGCCUCUUGCCGGUCUACCUGUUCGCGGCGCCCAUCCUUCGUCUGUUCAAGCAGGACGCGGAUAUCGCGGAGCUCGCCGGGAGGUUCUCCCUGUACAUGAUCCCUCAGCUCUUCGCCUACGGCCUCAACUUCCCCAUAUCCAAGUUCCUGCAGGCCCAGAGCAAGGUCAUGGUCAUGGCGGUGGUGGCGGCGAUCGCCCUCGUGUUCCAUGUUUGCUUAAGCUGGCUUCUGAUAGUCCAGUUCAAGCUCGGCCUCGUCGGUGCGGCAACCUCACUCAACAUAGCUUGGUGGAUCGUAGUGCUCGCACAGUUCGGCUACAUUGCCAUGGGUUACUGCCCUGGUGCUUGGAAUGGCUUCAGCUGGGGGGCUUUCAGGGGAUUAGGAUCAUUCGCCUGGCUCUCAAUAGGAUCUGCUAUCAUGCUGUGCUUGGAGUUCUGGUACUACAUGAUCAUCAUAGUCUUAGUGGGCCGCUUGGAGAAUGCUCAGAUAGCUGUGGCCGCCGUAUCUAUCUGCACCAACAUUAAUGGUUGGGAGUUCAUGGUGUUCUUCGGAUUCAAUGUUGCAAUCAGCGUGAGGAUAUCAAAUGAGCUCGGAGCAAGAAGGCCGAGAGCAGCCAAGUUUGCGAUAGUAUGCGUCAUUAUGUCGUCGUUGACGCUGGGACUCAUCUUCUUUACCCUCGUCUUGGCUCUUAAAGAUGUGUAUGGGAUUCCCUUCACCAACAGCCCCGACGUAAUCCGUGCUGUCUCAAGUCUCGCGGUGAUCUUCUCCUUCACACUCCUCUUCAACAGUGUUCAGCCAGUCCUAACAGGUGUUGCAGUAGGAGCUGGGUGGCAAUGGUUGGUGGCUUACGUCAACAUCGGGUGUUACUACGCGUUUGGGAUUCCCGUGGGCUGCUUACUGGCGUUCCAUUUUGGCUUUGGAGUUCAGGGGAUGUGGAGCGGGAUGUUGUCGGGAGUAGUCUUGCAGACCAUGAUAAUUGUAGCCAUGACAGUGACUACAAACUGGAACAAGGAGGCAAUGGAAGCAGAUUCUCGAAUAAAGAAGUGGAGUGGUUCAAUCGAAGAAACCAGUAUGAAUUAUAGAACAUCUGAAGGACCAGAUAAUCUUGCAUAGUUCAUGGUCGUCAGUAUUAGCGAAGAUGAAUUCAAUAAAUAUUCAUUCACUGUGGUCAGAAGCGGGCGGCGACCUGAUUGAGGGCUGUGGGCAUUGCAGGCGGCCGAGGGCGAUGAAGUCGUGCAUCGCAGGAGUCGGUGGUGAGGAUCUCUGCGGAACAGUGGCACAAGUGGGACUCGGCCGCGCACUUGGUCGUGGCCGAGUGCUGUACUCGGGCGUUGGUCGCGGCCAACAAUGCCGAGGGCUGUGAGGUUUCAUAACGCAUGCGAGCGACAGACAUCCGCACACAGUCGACGCCGCAAACAGCAUCGCCGUCGUUCGAUUGGGGACAGAUGGUGACGGAGGCGACGCCCAACGACGAUACAGCGUCGCGGCAGGGUUGUCCUCGGCCAAAGAUGACGCUGCAACGAGGAACGAUACUUCCCCGUGUUCCUUCGCUGGCAAUGGGCGUCGCAGUGAUGUUGGCAGCGACGACGCGUAGGACAGACGGCGGUGCAACACUGUUGAUCGCCGAUGAGGGAUUGUGCAGACGUCGUGCACGACGGAGAGCGGCGGUGAGAAAUCGCUGCAACUGCUCGAUUAGGGGAAAGCCCUAAAUUUCACCCGGUCAACUUCCCCAAUUUUAUUUUGAUAUGGUCAAAGUUCUAUUUUGAUCGAGCAAACUUAAUUUUUAACUUUACUCUCGUCGAAGUUCUAUUUGGUCAGAUAUGU